AACUUGGAAACGUCAGCAAGACAGAAAGAAAGAAGAGACAACUCGUCAAGCAGCGGGGAAGAGAGAGAGAGAGAGAGAGAGAGAGAGAGAGAGAGAGAGAGAGAGAGAGAGAGAGAGAGAGAGAGAGAGAGAGAGAGAGAGAGAGAGAGACAGAGAGAGAGACAGAGAGAGAGAGAGAGAGCGCAACAAAACGUUGCUGAAUUUUUUUGAAAAGCGUCGGAGGUUCUGAUGAACAAUACAUCGACGAGAAAAUGGAACUGUUCUUGAACAAUGGCAGAACGGGGAAAUUAUGUUUUUUAAAGCCUUUUUUUUCUGGAAAUGGAAUAUCAGCGCAUCGCUACCUUGCUGGAUUCUAUUAUUUGCAGUCUGCUGUGUUGGCAACACAUUUAAAGAAGACGCCGCGUAGGGCUUCGUCACCACGCCCGAGAGAAAGCGCUUUGCCGUGAAAUGAAAUGCAUUAAUUUGAGGUUUUUCAGUUAGCUAUUGAGCUGAACGUUGAGGCUGACGCAAUAGCAUGUUUGACAGGGGAAAGUAAGCGUCCAUCAUUUGACGGGUCGUGGUCACGAAGGCAAACUAAGAAAAAUCACACCAUUUCCUCUCGAGUUUUCUGUUCUCGCAAUUACGUACAGUGCUCUAGCUUGUGCAGAAGAUGUAGUUUUAUAGAGCAUGUCAUCGCUGCAGUAUUUAACUAUCUGGAUGUAAACACAAAUGUUGCCCCUUCUCCGACACUGCUUGAUAAAAUGUUAAUCGGGGUAAAAUAUUGCAGUCGUCUUAUGUAAAGUAAUGAAUGUGAUGUAAAAAAAAAAAACAUGGAGCUGCAGUUACUGGCGAGAAAUGCAACGUUUGCUACAAUGGGAUAUAUCAAAUGCAGAACACAAAAAAAGGAUACAAAAACGUGAAACGUGCAAUUUUCACUUGUCGCUAGUGUUUUAGCAAUAGCUGUUACAACCAUCAGACACCCUUGAUUUUGAGUGUGAAAUGUAAGUUGUUGAUGCUGCUUGUCAUUUUUUUUUACAUAACUGUGGGAUGAAUCGCGGCAUCAAUCAAUAACCAAUUGCAAGAUGUCCACAGGGAGCCUGUGUCACAUACUAUACUAUAUGUUUAAAUUCGUGGAGCACUGAUUUUGAAAUACUUGCUUUAGAUGUUGAACUGUAUGUCAACAGUCAGCUCAGACUUUGUUUUAAUCUGAUAUCUCAAAACAGACAUGAACAAUUGCAGUAAGGCGCUUACUUUUAACAAGUCAAAGAAGCCAGCGGUAAAACGUGUCCCAUCUGUCAGUCUUUUUUUUUUUUAGUUCACUGGAUGGUGGAUUUUGUGACUGACACCAAAAACUACUGCACCAAUGGAUGAAGAGGAUAAUCGUUUAUUUUGCUGAGGACAAUGACAGUGACUGCACGAAGGGGUGGGCAAGAUUGUAUUUUUGAGACUAAUCAAUGGAAUCAGCCAUGAGUACUGCCCUGUGGGAAAGGAGUGGCAGCAACAACACCGCUGACAUGUCAGUUUUGAGCAGCACCAACCAAAUGAACAUCGGAGUAUCAAGGGUUGUUUAUUCAUUUACCAACCUCGUGACCACCACCCCAGAGGCCACAGUAUCCAACAGUGAAAAUCUAACUUCGUUUAGAGUCCAAGGAAGCCAUGAGACAGCAACACCAUUUGUACUGAGUGCCGCAGAGGCAAACACAGUCCUGAAGCGCAUUUUGGUGGCAGCCCAGGCCCUAGUUCUCCUCUCCAUCUUCCUCUUCUCCAGCCUUGGUAAUUUCGCAGUCCUAACUGUCAUCAUUAAACACAGACAGCUCCGGACAGUUACAAAUGCAUUCAUUAUGUCUCUGUCGCUGUCCGACUUCCUCACAGCCAUCCUAUGCCUGCCGUUCUCCUUUGUCAUGCUCUUCAGUAAGGACGGUGUCUGGAUGUUUGGGCAACGUUUCUGCAUGGCUAAUGGAUUUUUCAACAGCUGCUUUGGCAUCAUCUCAACCCUGACCAUGACUUUAAUUUCGUUUGACAGGUAUUAUGCCAUCGUCAGACAGCCACGGGCUAAAAUUGGACGACAGAAAGCCACUAAGUUGUUGAUCGCUGUGUGGUUAAUAGCAAUUGUUUUUUCUCUUCCGUGGUAUGUUUUAAUGCGAAAGUCAACACAAGUCCAUAAGCAAGGUUUCUACCAUUGUACGUAUGUUUUCCACUCUGGGACCUCGCGCCUGGGGACAACAUAUAGCAUUUCUCUUAUAAUUGUGUGUUUUUUACUGCCCUUUGCCCUGAUGUGUUUCUGCCACUACAACAUCUGUAAGACAGUACGUCUCUCUGAAUUACGAGUCAGGCCAGUGACCACAUAUGCUUACUUACUACAAUUCUACAGUGAGAUGCGCACAGCCACCACAGUUCUCAUUAUGAUUGUUUUUAUCAUUUUUUGCUGGGGUCCAUAUUGUUUAAUGGGGUUAGUCACCGCAUUAGGGGACUACACUUUCAACCCUGCGAUGGACACAUUUGCCAUCUGGCUUGCGUGGACAAAUGGAGCCAUCAACCCCUUGAUCUAUGCAUUGAGAAACCCCAAUCUAUCAAUAUUACUGGGACGGAGUCGAGAAGAGGGCUAUCGUACCAGAUGUAUAGUGGCAUACUUGUCUAACCACACCCAGAAUCGAGAGAUUCGACUGAAUCAAGUAGAGCGGAUAAGGGACCGCUAUCUAAGUCGAGUGGGAGUUAAUAAUUGCAAACUAUCAAAUUCGAGUCCAGGAAAAAGAACAGAGGCAGAAGGUACUAUGUGGGCAUGUAAAAAUCCUGCUGUGUUUUUCUGCAGGGAUACCCAGUCAGAAACCAAAACAACAGUCCCCACACAUGCCGACACCAGCCUGUGAUAUUUAAAAACUAAAUGGGACUGCAGUAUGUUUUUUCAGUUUUUUUUAACAUGUUGUAUUUUAAAUUCUCUUGUUGAGUAGCAGGUGUUAUUGCCUGUUCUGCAUAUACAUGUAAAGGUUUAGGAUUUAGAGGCACAGCAAGGCUUCAUGUGGACUGAACUCAAGCUCAUUUGUUUUGUUGAAAAUUUUGAAAAAGGUAACUUUGAAAACAAGUUCUGGAUAUACUUUCAGAAGCAGGCUUGGAUGCAGGACAUAUAUUUGUAGGGUUCAAAGUAUAAAGAUAUAUUUAUUUGAGGAUCAGUGACUGACAACUCAAAAUAGGCAAGACAAGGCAACAAGGCAAGGACUGGUCGGGUCUGUGGCGAGAGGCUGGACUGCACGCACAAGGACGAAACACACUGGCACAGGACAAAGGGAGACAAGGACCAUUGAAACACAGGUGCAAACAAUUAUCGUGACAAUCAGACUCGUACAGGAGGAAGGGUUCGUGACUUGAAACGAGAGGAGAGUCAUUCUUUCAAACUAAAACAGGAAGUGACCAGACAAACAAACAACCCUCAUCGUGAUGUGAUAUAUACAUACCGAAUGCAAUACACAAUAAAUCGUCAUAAUAUUAAUCAAGAUAAUUUUGAUAAGAAAUGGACUGUACCUGUUUUGUAAAUGACAUUGAAACUUUCUGCAGAAAGAAACUGAGAUAGGCUCCAUCACCCCCACCACCCUCGUGAGGCUAAGCGAUUUGGAUUGAUGGAUGGAAACAAAGAUAAAAGAGAAGUAGGAGCUGCUUCAACAGCAACCUUGGAAAUCCAUCCAUCAAUUUUCUGAUCCGCUUUAUCCUCACAAGAGUCACGGGGAGUGCUGGAGCCUAUCCCAGCUGUCUUCGGGCAGUAGGAGAGGGACACCAUGAACUGGUUGCCAGACAAUCACAGGGCACACAGAGCCGAACAACCAUCCACGCUCACACUUAGGGACAAUUUGUAGUAUUCAGUCAGCCUGCCAUGCAUAUUUUUGGAAUGUGGGAGGAAACCAGAGUACCCGGAGAAAACCCACGUAAGCCCGGGCAGAUGAUGCAAGCUCCACAUAGGAAGAUCGGGCCCAAUUUGAACCCUGCAUCUGUGCACUGUGCGGCGGACGUGCGAACAAGUCAACCACAUGCUGGCCAUGAAAUGAUACCAUUUUAUUUAUUGUUAUUCUUAUAAAAUUGUUCCAUUUAGAGUUGGCAAUGCCACUCACAUUUGUCAAACCUUCCUUGCUGAACUAUAUUGCAUUACAAUGCUUGAAUUUUCAGCACCGUAUUGUAGCCUGUAUGGUUUCUUUCUGAGAUGCUUUUUUGUUGGUCACCACUACACAUCAAAACAUUGCUCAGACCCUGAACUAAAAUAUUGUUUCAUUGUUUCAAGGAUUAUGUGUCUGAGACAGGGUUAGUAUUGUAAUUGAAGAAAUUAUUGAUUUAUAUGUUGUCUGUUUUACUGUUGUUGUUAUUUGUCUUUUUGUUUGCUUGAAGCCUAAAUAUAUCUAAAUGUUUUUUUUUAUUAUUAUUUUGGGCAGACUGCAGUAAAAGAUUGGUGAGCAAAUCUGAUCUUAAAAAAAACAAACAAACAAAAAACAAUGAUGUCCACAUAAAAGCAAAAAUAAGUCAAGAAGCAAAUUAUAA